AUGAAGGAAAGCGGAGCGAGAGGCUCUGCAGCUCCUAACUCUGCUGUCUGCUGUCUUUCCUUUCCAGCAAAGACGGACGAGGUGCUGAAGGCAAAAGUAGCCAAGAGAGAGGAGGAGGCCCGCAAGAAACAAGAGGAAGAGGGAACUUCUCUAGAGGAGCAAGUGCGAAGGAUAAAGGACAUCGAGGCCAUCGAGAGUGAUUCCUUUGUUCCUCAGGCUUUCAAAUCAUCCAGGGAUGAUAUAAAGGUUGAGCCAGCUGAUGUGAAGCAAGAGUCAGAGAGGUUGGAUUCUCAGGACAUCACUCUUCCCAUCUCCAUAGUCUACAACGACAGCGACACACUCGCCCAUGCCAGUUUGUUCAUGGACAAGGAGAAGGCGGAGGAACUGUGGCUCAACAGAUUGAUCUCUCUGCGACAGGAGAGGCUCAUGGGAAGUCCUGUUCCUUGAAGAACAACUACGUGGAUCAUUUGUGUUCUGGAGGGCAUUUGACUCCAUUUUAAUGUCUCAAUCCACAUCAUAUUCUUUUUGUCUCAUUGAAGAACAUCACAGAGUUUCUUACUUUGUCUAAUAUUUCUUACCAGUUGAAAAAUCCUUUGAAAACUUGAGUAAAUAAAUAGUUUCAGGUCCUGAUAUCCUUUUUAUUUCAUGAAUGUUAGUCUUAUUCAGUUAAACAAUCUGCUGUUAAUUGUUUGGCGUCUUUUAUUUCUAAUGAGGAAAAUUUGUCCUGUCAUGAGGGUUUUGUUUUAUUAUGUAUAUGUAGCAUUUGAUACGUUGUAUCUUUUGUUAUGAACUUUGUGAAUAAAGACAGCUGUGAUCUUUUGAGUGAACUGCCUUCUUACCUC